AUGACCACAACAUCUACUCCUUCAUCCGUAGGGACUGAGAUGCAGUCGCUGCCAAACACCAGUGAGCACGAGCAACGAGUGCCACGUCGACUCUCGGUCACGGAUGCAAACGCGCUGGUGAAGUUUAACGAGCUCCUGGCGCAAUUUCGCGAUCAUCGCCUUGUCAUUUUCUUAGACUAUGAUGGAACACUCACACCGAUCGUUAACGAUCCUGCACUAGCGCUUCUGUCACCUGCAACGAAGGAUACACUCGAGAAGCUUCGCACGAAGUUUACAACGGGUGUAAUAUCUGGCCGAUCGCUUCGCAAGAUUCAGAAGUUUGUAGGCAUUCCGCAACUUCACUAUGCUGGAAGCCACGGGUUUGAUAUCGAAGGUCCUGAUGGUACUUCAAUCAAAAAUCAAGUGGCGGAGAAAUUUUUACCUGAUUUGAACGCUCUUCGUGACGAGCUUAAAGAGCAAAUCAAACAUAUCCCAGGAGCCGAAGUUGAAGACAAUGUAUUCUCAAUCUCUCUGCACUACAGGAAUGUUGACCCUGGACUCAAAACGCAGAUUUCAAGUCUUGCGCACAGUGUUCGAGACCGUUACCCUCUUAUCAGGAUGAAUGAAGGAAAGAUGGUAUAUGAAUACAAACCCAAGAUGGAUUGGAACAAGGGCAAGGCGCUGCUGUGGCUGUUGCAAGCUCUUGGACUUGAUAAGCAAGACAAUGUUUUCACUAUCUAUAUUGGUGAUGACACUACGGAUGAAGAUGCGUUCCGUCUCUUCCAAGCGCCCUCUAAAUGCAAAGGUGUGGGCAUUAUCGUGGCCGAAGAGAGUUUGUCCACUGACGCUUCAUUCACGUUACGCGAUACGGUCGAGCCUCGGUCCGGUGCAUUCAAUUUCUAUCGGAGCUAUAAACAUAAAGUACCUUGUAUGGCGAACGCAAAACAAUGCCGCCAAUUCCUUAGUGUAACGAAUAGUCAUGACAAACCAAUUUCUAUUACGAAAGAGCUGCUUGGAGUGGACGUCCAACAUCGUGAGUUUAUCAUUCUGCGCUGGCAAGAUGGUAAACGAAGCAAAUUUCAUUUGCUGCAUCUACGAACGUGGUGUCCGUGUCCACAGUGUGGUCAUUUAACAGGACAGCGAAUCAUCAAUAGCUCUGAUAUUGAUAAGGAAUGGCUUGAUAUUGAAAAAGUAUAUGUCAAGGGCGAUACGCUGAACAUCGUUUGGAAUGACCACCAUGAGUCCAGAUUUUCGUGCAAGUGGCUACUUGAAAACAGUUACUCAGAUUGGGCGCUGGAUCACCACGCUCAUGAUAUGGCGACAAUUCCAUUACCGCUUGACGCUCCCGUCCCCACGACGGAUUUUGCACGAAUGAUGGACACAAGUGAUGACGAGGGUUUGUACGAAGCGCUACGUCAGGUUGUGGAAAAUGGAUUUACAGUCAUACGCAAUACUCCACUGGAACCACGAGUUGUUAAAUCGCUUGCCGAGCGCAUUGCUCCAAUAUCGCACUCAUUUCAAUAUGGCGAUGUCUUUGACGUGGUCGCGGAGCCGACGCCUGUCAAUAUUGCAUACACCACUCUCUAUUUGAAGAAUCACGUGGAUUUAGCUUAUUAUGAGUCUCCACCUGGCUUUCAGCUUUUGCAUGCUUUGCGUUUUGACGAGUCUGUCACGGGUGGCGAGUCCACAUUUGUAGAUGUUUUUGCUGUUGCCGACGCGUUUCGACGUCUAUACCCUCAACACUUUGCUACAUUGCGCCCUCAUAUUCAACUAAACCAUCGUGACGAGGUGAUUGCUGUGCACUGGAGUCCACCGUUUGAAGGACCGCUGCGUGUUGCAUUUAAAGACGUUAUGCCAUACUACGAUGCGUAUCGGGUCUUUCACGAACUUGUUGAAGGUUAUUGCACGGACGAAAGAAAUUUACGCCUACUUCAGGUGGCGUACGUCACCUCCAAGGCACGAGCUUAUCUAUGCUCAAGUGGCUUGCUGCGUCUUAAUGAAGUUUUUUUUCAGAGCUCAUCGCUCGAUUCUCUCGAUUUAAACGCUCACUUUGACCAACAGCAGCCCAAAGCGGCGUACGACCGUCUUGUGAUAGUAUUAAUUGACGCACUUCGAGCUGAUAUGGUACUGUGUAGCACUGCAAUGCGCGGUGAUGAGUAUGGACAAAGAGGUCGGUCAAAAGGAGAGCUUAAUGUCAACAUGCCGUUUACCAGCAGCCUCGUAACGUCUGGCAGAGCUCUUGGCUACGUCGCACAUGCCAGUGUUCCUACUGUGACGAUGCCUCGGCUUAAAGCGCUCGUGACUGGCAAAGCUCCAAUAUUUAUCGACAUUUUAAAAAAUUUCAAUUCAGCAGCGCUAGAUAGUGAUGCAAACUUAUUAUCGCUGUUCAAGGCAAGUGGUAAGCGCAUUGUAUUUUAUGGGGACGACACGUGGCUUCGGUUAUUUCCUAAGACUUUUAUACGAUCGGAUGGGACAUCCGGUUUUUAUACAAAGGAUACUGUAGAAGUGGAUGUAAAUGUUACGAGACAUUUGAGUGAAGAAUUAGAUCCAAAGAUGCAAAGCGAGAAAAGUGGGGAUUGGGACGUUCUAGUGCUACAUUAUUUAGAUGAUGAAGUUGGUCGUAAAGUCCUAUUGUGCAGCGAUCAUGGCAUGUCAGAGGUUGGUAACCAUGGUGGGGCUACAUUGGAAGAGUCUUCAGCAUUAUUGAUGUUCAUGCGUGGCGACGGUAAGCCGAUGCAUGCUUCAGGCUUUUUCUAUGAGCAAAAGCGAAGUCAAGUGGAUUUGGUACCUACAAUUUCAUCACUUUUCGGUUUCCCCAUUCCUCUGUAUAGCACCGGCUUGCUGUUAGAGGAUGUUGUCCGAGCUUCCUCUGAUGUUGCCGCAAAUCACGAGUCAUACUAUUUGCAUGCACUAUACCAUAACUUUCAGCAGCUGUAUGCCCUUGCUAGAACUAAGUUUCUUGCUGCUGAAUUAUCGAGCUUUGAUCAGAGAUUUCAAUUGCCACUUAAGAGACUGCGCGAUAGUCUGCUGAAUGAAAAUGGAGUUGAAGGUGCUAUUGAUCAGCAUUUCGUAACGAAAACAUUUGAAGCUUGUCAAAUUUUGCGAGAUAAAGUCCAACAGAGUGACGGGUCGGAGUACAAUCCGAUGGCGAUUUUUGGGGGGUUAAUGCUUCUUAUGUUCAGUAUGGUUGUUGCGACGACAAUGCUCGUGAAUGCUGCCAAAUUAGAGUUAAAGGGAUCACCUGAAAUAGGUCAUUUAUAUAUUGUUCUCGGUGUCGGCAGCGUCUUACACAUCUUGAGCUUAUCGUCUAGUUCGUUGAUUGAGAAUGAGCACGCUACAGUUUUCUUUAUGACGACCUCUCUUCUCGUUACGCUUGGAAUUAUUCUCAUACGGCAAAACAAGUUCAGCCAUGUGGUAUUUCCAAUCGGAUUGCUUAUUUUAUCGUUAAUACUUACGCGAAUGCUGAGACAACGCAACCAGAUCAUAAACUUUUGGCGACUAAAUGAGCUUCAAAUUGAUGCAAACAUUCCAGGAAACGAGUUUGCCUUAGACAACUCGGUUUCGAUACUGUCGACAUCUCCUAUGCUGUCGCCAAAUAUACUUCCGCUUAGCGUCUCUGUAGCUUUGAUAUGCGGAGUAGUGCUGCGAAAAGGAGCAGUUCGCGUCAGAACAUUCAAACCGGGAGUGAGAUUCUUUCAUGUCUUUGUGGGCAUUUCUAGCGGAGUACUAUUUAUUGUUGGUAUGCUGGCAUGCUAUCGAGUUAAGGAGCUAUCAGACCAGACCACGAUGGAGAACAACAGUCUGAUUUCUUGGACAGGAUGGAUGUCCAUAAACUUAGAUUCGAGUGCUCGUGUGGUGUACAUUUGUAUCCUACUCCUCGCAGUAUUGAUGAUCACCACAGGACACAACCUGCGUACUUGGCUUGUUGAGAUGGUCGUUUGGCUUCUUGUUGGUUUGCUGCAACGUCGCUCCAACUUCCCAACUCUCAGCGCUCUUUGCUUACAGCUGAAAUUAGUUGAAACGCUACUUGACUGCGAACAAGCUCGUGCAUUUCGACAAAAUGGUGUCUUUGUUGCGGGUUUGAUGUUGUGGCUGUCACAAGCAGCAUUUUUUGCUCUGGACUUUGGUUGGUAUGUUGACGUUUGUCAGCGUCUUCUCCGGUCCACUCGUGUGUUUCGUGAAUCUGUUUCAAAUAUUGAAGACUACACCCAAAACAACUGCGAAUUCACUAACUACAAGACAAACAGCAAGAUUGGCGAUCUUUACCUACCAAACACUUCGCUUUAUCGUUUACACCGUUGUAGUGUAUUUAAUGCGCUUCCAUCUAUUCAUCUGGAGUGUCUUUGCACCAAAGAUGCUUUAUGA